AUGCCUGUCGUAUCUGAGCCCAUCACGGGACUAACUCAUGCAUACACGUAUGCUUUCUUCUCCAAAAUACCCUCUCCUUACCUAUUCCUAAGCGGAGUCGUUUUUCUUUGCAUCACAAUCUUCAUACGGAGGAAACGUAGCUCCACAACAAAAUUACAAUAUCAUUUCCCACCAAGUCGUCCCUCUACCCCUCUUCUCGAAAAGUCCGAUGUGAACAUCUAUUCAUACAUGGAUGAAACCCCCAAAUUGGAUACCGACAACCUCGCUCUCUCAAGAACCUCCUCGUCUUCUUUCGAUUUCACCACCUCCCCCUCCUCAAUCUCCAGCUCCCCAAAAACAUUCUCUCGUCUCCCGCCACCACCUCCCUUCACGCCACCCUCGCCCCUUGAACCCCUCCCCUACUCUCCCAUCCACGGAGGCGGAAGCGGCUCCGCUCCCCCCACCGAAAUCCCCCCCCGUCGUCGUUCCUACACCAAGCCUCCCAACCCCCUCACCAACACCCCUGUCGUCAACGGCGAGAUAAUCUCCGGCGAUGGCUGGCGUCGUCACACGCGCGUUUUCGGGGGUGGAGUAUGUGAGGCGUGUGCCGAGAGCGAGAGGAGAAUGAGCGCGUGA